CGACUGCAGCCUACAGAUCACUUUAUAUAGACUAUUCAGACAGGUUUUUCUGUAGAAUCGUCCUGGCCACUGCAGAUAUGAGGUCUGGAGGAUUCGUUUCGGUAUCCAGACCGGUCAUAACGUCCAUCGUUCUCAUCUUAUCGCUCUAUUGUUUUCAUGUGUUUGCGCUCAAGUCGCAACUUUUGACGAGGCAUGGCGGGGUUACAGAUCUCAAUGCUCAAGACACCGUCAUCAACUAUGAAACAUGCUAUUUUGACCAGAAGAUCGAUCACUUUGGUUUCCUGGAGGAUGGCACCUUUAAGCAGAGAUACCUGGUUAAUAAUGAACACUGGGAUGAGAAGGGAGGGCCUAUCCUGUUCUACACCGGCAAUGAAGGAGACAUUACCUGGUUCUGCAAUAACACUGGUUUCAUGUGGGACGUUGCAGAGGAUCUGGGAGCCAUGUUGGUUUUUGCAGAGCACCGUUACUAUGGAGAAUCCCUGCCGUUUGGACAAGACUCUUACAGUGACACCAAGCACCUGAAUUACCUGACGUCGGAGCAGGCGCUAGCUGACUUCUCUGUGCUGAUCAGAGAACUGAAGAGGAAGGUGCUUGGAGCUCGGGAAAGUCCCGUGAUCGCCAUCGGAGGGUCCUACGGAGGGAUGCUCUCUGCCUGGUUGAGAAUGAAAUACCCCAAUGUUGUUGUUGGACCCCUGGCUGCCUCUGCUCCCAUAUGGCAGUUAAUGGUUCCAUGUGGAGAUUUCUAUAAGAUAGUCUGUGGACUCUCUGUGAACAUCAGGAGCAACUGGUAGGAUGAAUUAGCCUGUCUUGACAACAUCACAGCAACUGAUGACGGCCUCCGAUGGCUGUCCGGAGAGUUUAGCUUAUGUUCCCCACUCAAGAAGACGGACUUGGAUGGUUUUAAGGCCUGGCUCCAAGAGACCUGGGUGAAUCUGGCCAUGGUUGACUAUCCUUACGAAGCUAACUUCCUCCAACCGCUCCCACGCUGGCCAAUACAGGUGGUGUGCAAACACCUUAGCUUUGACCCCAGCAGUGUGUCAGACUACCAGCUGUUAGGGGGCAUCUCUGAAGCUGCUAGAGUCUACUACAACUACACAGGAAACUGUCCUUGUCUCAACACUUCCUCUACGGCUACAGGGAAUCUGGGCUCCAUCGGCUGGUACUACCAGGCGUGUACAGAGAUGGUGAUGCCACUCUGCACUGAUGGGGUGCAGGACAUGUUUGAGCCCCAGGACUGGAACUUCCAGGCCUUCUCAGAUGAGUGCAACUCCCUGUUCGGGGUGCGUCCUCGGGCUGACUGGGCAGCGACCGUUUACGGAGGAUUGGACAUCGCGUCUCACAGCAACAUCAUCUUCAGUAACGGAGGACUGGACCCGUGGUCAAGUGGUGGGGUGACCCGAAACAUCUCUGACUCGGUGGUUGCCAUAGUGAUACCUGACGGAGCUCACCACCUGGACCUACGCUACAACAACGAGUAUGACCCUCACACCGUCCUCUCAGCCCGCAUCCAGGAGGUGGAAUACUUCAAACUGUGGAUCACACAGGCCAGGAAACUACGAAUACCAGGUUAAAUCAGUCUGAACUACAACUACCAGGUUAAAUCACUCUGAACAACAACUGCAAGGCUAAAUCAUUCUGAACUACAACUACCAGGUUAAAUCACUCUGAACUACAACUCCCAUGCUAAGUCACUCUGAACUACAACUACCAUGCUAAGUCACUCCGAACUACAACUCCCAGGUUAAAGCACUCUGUUACUACAAUUACUAAAUCAAGCAGAACUAAAACUUCCAGACUAAAUCACUUUGAACUUAAACACCCAGGGUUGGCCUGAAAUGUCACCCUAUUCCCUAUAUAGUGCACUACUUUAGACCAGAACACUAUGGGACCCUAUACACUAUAUAGUGCACUACUUUAGACCAGAACACUAUGGGACCCUAUACCCUAUAUAGUGCACUACUUUUAUCCAGGACCCCCUAGGACUCUGGUCAGAAGUAGGGCAGUAGAUGCAAGCCCCAGCCUCUCAGACGACCUGAAGCUGAAAGACCAUAGCAUAUAACAUGUGGCUUUGUUGCAAUGCCCUCUCUAGCAUACUACUAAGAAGGGAGCAAUGUAUUGAACAUGGAUUCUAAGUGAUAUGCUUACUGUGGACAUUGAAACUUAAGGCUUUUGUUUGCAUCCCAAAAAGUGACCCUAUACCCUAUAUAGUGCACUACUUUUGACCAGAGCCCAUAUGGACCCUGUUUAAAAAGAAGUGCACUACGUAGGGAAUAGGGCGCCAUAUAAUACCAACGUUCUCUACCACCAGAAUGUACUGAUGUAUUUUCAGGGGAAUAUUGUUUUUUCAGAUGUGUUGAGUGUGAAGAUGUGAAGAUCUACUUACACCAAUAAUCAGGUUUAGUUAAGUAACAAUUUCAACGUUGAUUUGUUGAUUUCAAUGAUUGUUUACAGUGUUCUCUGUUUCGUGCCAAAGUCUCUCUUCAAUAAGAGUGUCAGAAAGGGCUAGAAUAUCAAAUGUUAAAAACGGAAAUAAAUAUUUUCUUAAUUUGAAAAUUAAAGACAUUUUCACAUAACACCAGAUUAGUUAAUUCAGUUACAGUAUUUAUGAAUUGUGUUUAGUUGAAGUUUGAUAGCUUACACAUACAUACUGUAUAUCAGAACAACAAUUGUGUUUAUUGGAUAAUUAGUACAAAAAAAAAUAAUUUAUUUAACAACUCUCAGGAAAAACGUAUGUUGUUUUUUUUGUUAGUGUUUACAAUUUGUUGUAAUUGGACCAUUUCUGUUAAACUACAAUUAGCAUUAGUCAGGGAUUCUAAGGGUUUUUCCAAAACAAUUGAUAACAUUCACUUGUAGUUUACAGUUUUCAUACUACGGCCUGAGUUGUAUUUGGUCCAGAAAUAGACCCAUGUUGAACCACGGUAGCAGAAGGGCUGGACCCAGCAGUGUCUCUCAAUGUCGUGUUAACAUGUUUCAUUGACUUUAAUGGCUGUUCAGUAAUAUCCCUUUAAUGGCUGUGGCUGUUCAGUAAUAUCCCUUUAAUGGCUGUGGCUGUUGAGUAAUAUCCCUUUAAUGGCUGUUGAGUAAUAUCCCUUUAGUGGCUGUUCAGUAAUAUCCCUUUAAUGGCUGUGGCUGUUAAGUAAUAUCCCUUUAAUGGCUGUGGCUGUUGAGUAAUAUCCCUUUAAUGGCUGUUGAGUAAUAUCCCUUUAGUGGCUGUUCAGUAAUAUCCCUUUAAUUGCUGUGGCUGUUCAGUAAUAUCCCUUUAAUGGCUGUGGCUGUUCAGUAAUAUCCCUUUAAUGGCUGUGGCUGUUGAGUAAUAUCCCUUUAAUGGCUGUGGCUGUUGAGUAAUAUCCCUUUAAUGGCUGUGGCUGUUGAGUAAUAUCCCUUUAAUGGCUGUUCAGUAAUAUCCCUUUAAUGGCUGUUCAGUAAUAUCCCUUUAAUGGCUGUGGCUGUUCAGUAAUAUCCCUUUAAUGGCUGUGGCUGUUGAGUAAUAUCCCUUUAGUGGCUGUUCAGUAAUAUCCCUUUAAUGGCUGUGGCUGUUCAGUAAUAUCCCUUUAAUGGCUGUGGCUGUUCAGUAAUAUCCCUUUAAUGGCUGUGGCUGUUCAGUAAUAUCCCUUUAAUGGCUGUGGCUGUUCAGUAAUAUCCCUUUAAUGGCUGUGGCUGUUCAGUAAUAUCCCUUUAAUGGCUGUGGCUGUUCAGUAAUAUCCCUUUAAUGGCUGUGGCUGUUCAGUAAUAUCCUUUUAAUGGCUGUGGCUGUUCAGUAAUAUCCCUUUAAUGGCUGUGGCUGUUCAGUAAUAUCCCUUUAAUGGCUGUGGCUGUUCAGUAAUAUCCCUUUAAUGGCUGUGGCUGUUCAGUAAUAUCCCUUUAAUGGCUGUGGCUGUUCAGUAAUAUCCCUUUAAUGGCUGUGGCUGUUAAGUAAUAUCCCUUUAAUGGCUGUGGCUGUUGAGUAAUAUCCCUUUAGUGGCUGUUCAGUAAUAUCCCUUUAAUUGCUGUGGCUGUUGAGUAAUAUCCCUUUAAUGGCUGUGGCUGUUGAGUAAUAUCCCUUUAAUGGCUGUGGCUGUUGAGUAAUAUCCCUUUAGUGGCUGUUCAGUAAUAUCCCUUUAAUUGCUGUGGCUGUUGAGUAAUAUCCCUUUAAUGGCUGUGGCUGUUGAGUAAUAUCCCUUUAAUUGCUGUGGCUGUUCAGUAAUAUCCCUUUAAUGGCUGUGGCUGUUCAGUAAUAUCCAUUUAAUGUCUUACUGCUAUUGUCAUGUGUUGUUCCCAGAUUAAAAGCAAUGUUAUUUUGA